AUGAAGACAGCGACAAUAUUUUGCAUCGUUUUGAUUGUUACUUUGGCUGUUCAGGUGAGAGAAAUCAAAGGCAACACUGUACGAAGCUCUGUAUCAGUUAAAUUGCAACCAAACGGAGCAAAUGCUAUUUUUUGGCACUUUAUCAAGCCAUUUAUUCCUGAAGGAAUUGUGAUUUCUUCUAAUGGACCGCCUACAGCUAACAAUUCAAGCUUAAUGCCUGCAAGCAUUACGAACAUGAGUGUGGGAGAAUUAAAUAAUUCAAAUGCUAUUUUGUCUUCUAACUCUAAUGUGUCCGCUUCGAUCGAUCAGACAUUUAACGCACCAGUUGAAGAAACAUCAACUUCAAGUUCAAGAUAA